AUGCUGGAAAGUAAUUGUACCAUGCCAACCGAGUUCCUACUUGUUGGAUUCACAGAUUAUCUCCCUCUCAAGGUCACACUAUUCUUGGUAUUUCUCAUAGUAUACACAUUAACUGUGGUUGGAAAUCUGGGCUUAAUGCUUCUAGUUAACAUCAAUUCAAGCCUGCAAACCCCCAUGUAUUAUUUUCUCAGCAACUUGUCUUUCUUAGACAUCAGCUAUUCUACAGCAAUCACUCCUAAAAUGCUGAUGAAUUUUUUAACCUCCAGGAAAAGCAUCUCUCCCUCUGGCUGUGCACUACAAAUGUUCUUCUUCAGUUGUUUUGCAGAUGCCGAGUGCCUUAUCCUGGCAGCAAUGGCCUAUGACCGCUAUGCUGCCGUCUGCAACCCACUGCGAUAUCCUACACUCAUGUCUAGGAGAGUCUGUACCUCCCUCGUUGUGCUGGCAUACGUCAGUGGGAGUAUGACUUCGAUGGUGCACGUUUCCCUCACAUUCACGCUGCCUUUUGGUGGCUCCAAUAUUGUCAACCACUUCUUCUGCGAUAUCCCACCUCUCCUGGCAUUAGUGUGUGCAGACACCCAUGUUAACGAGCUUCUGCUCUUUGUCCUGUGUGGCUUCAUCCAGACCAGCACUUUUGUGGUCAUCUUGAUCUCUUACUUUUGUAUCCUCAACACCAUUUUGAGCAUCAAGUCCUCAGGUGGCCGAAGUAAAACAUUCUCCACCUGUGCUUCCCACCUCCUCGCAGUCACCUUCUUCUACGGAGCACUCUUGUUUAUGUACCUGCGUCCUUCCACCAGCUAUUCCCUAAACACGGAUAAGGUAGUUGCAUUGUUUUAUACUGUCAUUUUCCCCAUGUUUAACCCGAUCAUCUACAGCUUCAGAAAUACAGAUGUAAAGAAAGCCCUCCAAAAGCUAUUAGAAAGAAACUGGAUCUUCAAAUGA